CGCGGGGCAGCGGUGGAACUCGGAGGUGGUCAGCGCCGUCUGCAUGGCGCGCCUCGCAAGAAAGCAGGGCAGUGCCCGGCUGUCAGAGUCGCCCAUCAAGUUGUUGCUCCUCGAGUGGCUUUACUGGAUGUGCCACCCCUCCACCUCUGGGCAGUCGAGGUUUACCCAGUUGGUCAACAUCUGGUACUUGAACAAGGUACAGCCAGUGGACGGUGGUCGGCAAUCUGUUCGGGAUCGCGACCUUCGUCAUCUCGGCGGCGGGCGCGCCCUGCUCGCGCUACAUGCAGUUCAACGUGCGCAUGGCCAUCAGCCUCUGGUCCUGCCUGGCCGGCGUGCUGAUCCAGCGCAAGCGGCGCAUGCUCUUCAGCGUCAUCCAGCUGGUGGCCGACCUGGGCGCGCGCGCGCACCGGCUCACCGACCGCCAGGGCAAGGCCCGAGGAUGGCGGACAGCGUCUGGAACACGGCGGCCGUCUGUGUGGACUGGGCCACCACCAUCGAGUACCAGUACAACACCCUGCUGGACGGCAGCGCCAUCUUCGUGUCGCUGGCCUGCAUCACCACGCUCACGCGCUCCCUGGCGGAGAUACAGACGCAGAUCAACCGCGGGGUCAAGGUUGGCGACUGCCUGCGCUGGGCUGCGCUGCAGAGCCGGGUGACGGCCGGCUGCCGUGAGCUGGAGGAGACGUUCGCCGACCUGCUGCCGCACAUCCUCAUCUCCGCCUACUUCACGCCGCUCCUCGCCAUCGUCGACGUGGUGUUCAACGGGCGCAAGGCGGACCUGUUCUCGCUGGCGCUGUCGCCCGUCGUGCUGCUGGUGCUCUGGCCCAUGUGCGACAUCGGCGACGAGCUGGCGAAGGCCCGCGAGCGCCUGUGCCCGGCGGCCUACCUCGGCCCCUGGCUGGAGGAGGGGUGCGAGCAGACGCGCGUGCGCCUGUGCCUCAUGCUCUUUGCGUACGGCCGGCACGGCCUGCUGCGCACGCGCGGCCCCGGCGGCGGCGUCCUCAACCGCGGGACCUUCACCACCGCAAUAUCCAGCUGGAUCAAGUUCCUCAACGCGCUCAUCAACCUGCAGAGCGCGUCGCGACACCAAGUGCGAGGGAAAUGAAACGUACAGUUAAAGAAAAGUGCCCAAGACUUAUAUUAACUUUCGGAGCUCUAGUUCUACCAAAAGCGCGUUAUUUUUGCAACUAAUAAAAUGAAAAUGUGGAGAAUUCUUUGGACA